AAGGCUAUGGCCACGCUGGCUGCUCGGGCACCCGAACUACCAGCCCCUGAGAUGCUCUGCGGCAGCGACUGCCGGCAGACAGGUGGCUACGCCCUGGGCAGCGCCGGGACAGGUGCUGGGCCGGAGGGGGCAGAUGCCCUAGCCGAGCUCCGUGCUUCGCCAACGAUUGACUCAGCGGCUUCAGGGCGAAGCCCGCUGAAGCUCUCCACUGCCACCACGUGCAGGAGACGCUGGGGAAGAGUGGGGCGGGGAGGGCGCUGGCCUGUGCGCCCCUGGCCGCGGAGUCUGCGCAAGGCACGUCCUGCUGAAGAGAAACUCGGGUCGCGCCCGCCAGCACACGGCCGUGCUUCCGGGGCUCGCCUGCCAGGCCUCCGGCCGCGAGCCCCCUGGGCACAGGACGCACUCGGCCUCUCGGCCAUUUUGUCCCUUUGGCGGGUCACCCGCCCAAGAUGGCGCCAGGAGGACUCACCAUGGAGCACGCAACCGAGCAGCCAGAGUGUCCCCGCCUCCUCCAUUAGCAGCCUGGCGGCCAUUUUCCCGCGCCAACCCCAGCUAGCCCUAACGGACGGGCCUCCCAGCGCGCUCCCCGAGGAGGCUCGGCCGCGCUCCACGCCGCCCCCUGCCUGCGGGCUACAGGCCCGCCCCUGCCUCGCGGGGCCGUGGAGCGGCGCCCCAGGCCAGCUCCAGACGGGCCAGGCCGCGCUGCCGCUUUGGAGGCCCGGCCAGCUGUGCACUCAGGCUCCGUGUAUUACCCGCUCGCCGUAGUUCUGCUCCCCGCUGUCGCUCAUUGUUCCUCGAAGGCUGCCAGCAACCGUCGCACCAACCGCCACCACCGUCCGGCGCCAGCGCUCUCCACCACAGAACGGAAGUGACGUGCGUCCCUCCCUGGCUAGGCCCCGCCCGCUAUGUGAGGCGGUCGUGAGUGACGCACCAGGUGACCUGAAACUCCCUCAGUGACUGGAUGAGCCUAGCCCCUUCCCCCGCCUGCUCCUCCCCCCGGACUGAGGAUCUCCCCAGAAGCGUAGGAGAAGCCGGGCUUUCUGAGCGCUGAGGACCUGGUGUUUGGCUUCUGGCAGAGGAGGCCAGACCGGGAUCUUACAGUGAUCCACCAGCUCAACCUCCCAGUCAACAGUUUUGACCAGUUCAUGGCAGCAAACAAAGGAGUCCUAGAACCACCAGUCUGGCUCCCACAGAGCAGGACUCAUGGUGGCAUCAUGCAGUCAGCUGUGCUGUGAAUUAAAAAGCAGCUGG